GCUCUCCUCUUCUCUCCUCUCUCUCUCUCUCUCUCUCUCUCAUAUGGCAAGAAUGUCAGAUCCUCUUAUUGUUGGUAGAGUGAUUGGGGAUGUUGUUGAUUCUUUCUGCUCUACUGUUAAAAUGACUGUCACUUACAACUCCAACAAGCAAGUCUACAACGGACAUGAGCUAUUUCCUUCCUCGGUAACCAUUAAACCUAAGAUUGAAGUUGAAGGUGGUGAUAUGAGAUCCUUCUUUACACUGAUUAUGACAGACCCUGAUGUUCCCGGCCCCAGCGACCCAUAUCUGAGGGAGCACUUGCACUGGAUAGUCACAGAUAUCCCAGGCACCACUGAUUCCACAUUUGGAAGGGAGAUAGUGAACUAUGAAAUGCCAAGGCCAAAUAUAGGGAUCCACAGGUUUGUAUUUCUUCUUUUUAAGCAGAAACGCCGACAAACAGUCAACCCACCUUCUUCAAGGGACCGUUUCAGUACUCGAAAUUUUGCAGAAGAAAACGAGCUUGGUCCUCCUGUAGCUGCUGUAUUCUUCAAUGCCCAAAGGGAAACAGCUGCAAGAAAACGUUAAAAAUCUAGUAAAGAAACAGACCCGAGUCCCAGAGGUCAACUUGAUUGAAAGCUACACUGUAUUCGGAUUUGCAGCCUCAUGGGUUUGCUAAAUAAACCAGUGGAGUGUUUGUUUUAGAACUUCAAUAACCAACGGGAAGAUCAGGUCUCCCUCGCUUAAUUACUAUUGUACUACUGUUGUUUAACGUUUGUGUAGUAACUGUGUGCCAUUAGUUUGAGAAUCAGAAAAACAAAG